AUGGCACUGCCUAUGAAAGGCUUCGUAUGGGCAGCGCCGGUAAAACAGCAGAUGCCAACCAUCCGGGUGCACCCGGCUGGCACCCUGACCUAUGCUUGGGGUUGGCAUCCCGCGCCUGCCAUAGUGACUCGCCGCACAACUCGGGCGGUGGCAAGGCCGGUGCCCGUACCUGGCAUGGUGACUCGGCGCACCAUUGGUGUGGUAGUGAAGCCCGCAAGUGUGGUGGUGAAGGCAGGUGUGCCGACGCAACUGCCUCACCUUCUCGGGCCGAUGAGGGCACCGGCUGCGGCACACCCCAUGACAAUGAAGGGGCCGACGAAAGUUGAAGUAGGCGAGCCUGCCACGGUUGACCUGACUGAGGCAUGUGAGACAACGGAAGCAACGGAGGUCACUGCAGCCUUUUCCCCGGCUCCCGAACUGGUCUACCCGAAGGGUCGGCCUGUUUCGUAUGGCCCGGCAAGCCCUUUCCUCAAAAUUGAGGAGGGAGCCGAUGACCCCGACACCGACGAGCCAAAGACCGCCCCGAAGCCGGCUCCGAAGCCAGCUCCAAAGCCAACUCCGGAGCCUGCAGAAGUCACCAAGCCAACACAGGAGCCUCCACAAGAACUACCAGGCCAGGCGGAGGCCUUGGAAGCGCUAGAGGCACUCAUGGCAGAACUCGGCGGAGUGGGCUUCAAGGUCCCCAAGAAGCCGACGGGCGAACCAGAGGUUGGAGACCUUGUGGUGCUCAGUGACAAGAUCCUGCCGAAAAGUUUGCGGCUCCGGUACGCCGUGGUCAUGCAGGUGCACGAAAAGCACUUCACGGCGAGAGCGCUCGCAGAAGACCAAGCGACCUCCCUUGAAGACUGUUGGCCAUACAAGGAGGACGCCGUGCUCGAGAGCACGGUCGGCCGACUCGGAAGCCGCGUUCGCGUGGUGGAGGGGCACCAUGUGGGUUGCAGUGGCAAGGUGGCUACGGUGCCCGACCACCCGAUAUUCCCGGCCUUCCGACAGUUCAGGAAUGGCAAAUUACAGUACGUCAUCAAUGUGAGUUUGGAUGAUGGCAGGCAACUGUCUGACAAGGGCUUGUGA